GUAUCCAGCAGCAGCCAAGAACAGGACGAGGAGGCACCUCCGUGCAAACGCCCGGCAGCUCGCACCAGCGCCAAACGCCCGGCAGCUCGCACCAGCACCGACCCGGACAAGGAACCUCCACGUAAACGCCCGGCAGCUGCUCGCAAGAGAGCAAAGAAUCCUCAGAAGAAGUGGAAGAAGAUGUUUUAUAAUCUUACGGAGAAAGCGGCGCUUCGCAACAACUUUAGCCAUGGUCGUCAGAUCAUGCAGUUUGGCCAAAAGGGCAUGAGCAAGGAGCUGGCGUAUGGCAUCUUGGACGAAUGCAUCGGACACCUGGAGACAGGGACACUGACUGAAGAGCAGGCCAAGGAGUGGUGCGAGAACAAGUUGAAAGAUGUUGACUAG